AUGUCAACAAGAGCUGAAUGUAGGAAACCUUUAGAAAUGAAAUUUAAGGAAACUCGACAAGGUGAAAGGUCAUUUAAAUGUCCAGAAUGUGGGAAAUCAUUUAUUACAAAAACAAAUCUUGUUGAACAUCAGAGAAUUCACACAGGAGAGAAACCGUAUUCAUGUACAGAAUGUGAGAAGUGUUUUCGUCAGAAGUCAAUUCUUUUUCGACAUCAGAGAAUUCACACAGAGGAGAAGCCGUUUUCAUGUACAGAAUGUGAGAAGUGUUUUAGUCGGAAGUCAUAUCUUGUUCAACAUCAGAGAAUUCACACAGGAGAGAAACCGUAUUCAUGCUCAGAAUGUGAGAAGAGUUUUAGUUAUAAAAUAAAUCUUGCACGUCAUGAGAAAAUUCACACAGGAGAGAAGCCGUUUUCAUGUACAGAAUGUGAGAAGUGUUUUCGUCAGAAGUCAAUUCUUUUUCGACAUCAGAGAAUUCACACAGAAGAGAAGCCGUUUUCAUGUACAGAAUGUGAGAAGUGUUUUAGUCAGAAGUCACAUCUUGUUCAACAUCAGAGAAUUCACACAGGAGAGAAGCCGUUUUCAUGUACAGAAUGUGAGAAGUGUUUUAGUCAAAAGUCAGAUCUUGUUCAACAUCAAAUUAUUCAUACAGGGAUAAAGCCAUUUAAAUGUACAGAAUGUGAGAAAUGUUUUAAUGAUAAAUCAACUCUUUUGAAACAUUUAAAAAUUCACACGAGGAAGUAG